CCAAAAAAAGAAAAAAAGAAAAAGAGAGAGAGAGAGGGAGAGGGAGAGGGAGAGAGAGAGAGAGAGGAUGAAUGAAGGUGGGGCGCUUUACUACUUUUUUAUGUUGCACGCAUCCAUGGCAGAAAACAGAAGGCAGCAGAGAGCACUACUCCUCCAUGGAUUAGAGGAGAGGAAAUAAGGAGAAUACUUGAAAUCCAUCGUUUCCAACCCUGUGACUUGGCUAGUUAUCCAGUUUCUUGAUCAUUUUCGAAAAUCAUUGACAAAAGAUUGAGCUAGCGAGUGGAGAACUGACAAGAAUUUACAUGCCCUUGUAGGCUUUGGUGGUUGUUGAAGCUGGAGGAGUUUGAGAGAGAAGUGGAUUUUGGGGGAUUUUGUAUUUAGAUGAAGGGAAUGCCCUUUCCCUUUGAUUUUGAGGGGAAGGGGGUGUUGGAGUUAGAGCUGGUUGUGAAGAGCAAAGCUUUUGAUAUCUCAGAGAGUAAUCCAGCAGAAAUUUCGUCUUAUUUGUUCGAGAAAAAUUGUUUCGUGAAUAAUAGUUUUGGUGAGCCUACAUCUGUCCUGGAUUCUGCGAGAAUUUCCAGCCUGCCCACGUCUUCCUCAACCCUGUCUUCAUCUCUCGGUGGCGGAGGAGGAAGCGCCGGAGGUGGUGCUGCUUCUACCGACACGGGCGGGGUGGCUGCGGUUUCAGACACAAACCCAUCUCCGAAAUGGCAGCAAGACUCGAAUACUGCCACCAGCUCCAAUGCUGGAGGAGCUGAUUCCGAGCUCCUUCCAGUUCCACCAUCUCUAGAGAUCGGCACCGCCGGCGGCCGAGACGGAAGGAACACGGAGAAAUGUGCUAUGGAGGAUUGGGAGAACGUAUUGUCGGAGUCUGCCGCCGCCUCUCCGAGCCAAGAACAGUCCAUUUUCCGGUGGAUCAUGGGAGAUGUUGAAGACCCUGGAAUGGGAAGUCUGAAUAAGGUUCUUCAAAUUGGCGGUGGGGGUGGUUCAACGCCGUCGGAGUAUGAUUUUAGUGGUGGAUUUGGGGUUGUGGACCAAAGCUUUGCUGGAGACCAAUUUGGUGAGAAUUCCAUGCCCACAGUUUCCAGUUUUUCCAACAAUAGUAGAUCCAGCGUUGAAAAGAUUGAGUUGGCCCCCAAUCCAGUCACUUCAAAUCUGCCUAGUAAUUUCAAGUUUUCUCCAAACUCUCAGAAUAUCAUGUACCCUUCUUCGUUUUCUAACAAUCUUGGAGCCAUUGAUCUUCAUUACCCGGCUGCAUUUGAUUCUUCAGCAGAAAUGAAGCCUCCCAUUUUCAAUCCACAACUUCUGAUUAACCAGCACCAAGCUCACCACGCUCAGAACCCUUCAUUCUUCUUGCCCUUUUCAUAUGCACAACAGCAAGAACAGAGUUUUACCGUGCCACCACAGGCGAAAAGGCACAACCCCGGAGGGCCUAUUGGUGGAGGCCUUGAGGCCCGUGGCCCAAUUCCAAAAGGGUCUCUUUUGGACACUGGCCAGCAAGAGAUGUUUCUGGGUAGACAGCAAUUGCAUCACCAGCUUCAAAUGCUUCCUCAUUAUCUCCAGCAGAGACCAAGCGGGCCGGGCCCAAAGCCGAAAAUUGGCAGUGGGGAUGAAUUAGGACAUAGCCAUCAGCAACAAUUACAGCAGUCUAUAAUUGACCAGCUAUAUAAGGCCGCAGAGUUGGUCCAGACUGGGAAUCCGGCACUCGCGCGAGGGAUAUUGGCGCGGCUCAAUCACCAGCUCUCUCCUAUUGGUAAGCCUUUCUACAGGGCUGCUUUCUACUGCAAGGAGGCAUUGCAAUUACUCCUCCAGACUAACAACAACGGUUUGAACCCCUCUACGGCCUCUUCGCCUUUUAGCCUCAUUUUCAAGAUUGGUGCCUAUAAGUCUUUCUCUGAGAUCUCACCGCUCAUACAAUUUGCUAAUUUUACCUGCAAUCAAGCCCUCCUUGAAGUCUUGGAAGGAUUUGAUCGAAUUCAUAUUGUGGAUUUUGAUAUUGGGUACGGUGGGCAAUGGGCCUCUCUGAUGCAGGAGCUUGCAUUAAGGAAUGGGGGUGCACCAUUGCUUAAAAUCACCGCACUUGUUUCUACGUUAACACAUGAUCAGCUAGAGCUCAGCCUCACUCGAGAAAAUCUGCUUCAGUUUGCUAGUGAUAUCAAUAUUGGAUUCGAGUUUGAGGUUAUAAGCAUUGAUUCUUUGGAUUCAGGUUCAUGGUCUCUGCCUUUUCAUGUGUUGGAGAAUGAGGGAGUUGCAGUGAAUCUCCCGGCCGGUUGCCUUGCCAAUUAUCAAUUGUCAGUGCCUUUUGUUCUCCGGUUUGUCAAGCAACUGUCACCAAGAAUUGUUGUUUCUGUGGACAGAGGAUGUGAUAGGUCUGACCUUCCGUUCGCCAACCAUAUUAUUCAUGCCCUUCAAUCAUACUCAAACCUGCUCGAGUCUCUUGAUGCGGUUAAUGUGAACAUGGAUGCCCUGCAAAAGAUUGAGAGGUUCUUGCUCCAACCAGGCAUUGAAAAAAUUGUAAUGGGUCGAUUUCGUUCUCCUGAAAAGUCACAGCACUGGAGGACUCUGUUUUUGUCAUCCGGUUUCUCCCCAGUAACGUUUAGCAAUUUCACCGAAUCACAAGCUGAGUGUGUUGUGAAGAGGACUCCUGUCAGAGGAUUCCAGGUGGAGAAGAGGCAGUCUUCUCUCGUUCUUUGCUGGCAACAAAAGGAGCUGGUGUCUGCUUCUGUUUGGAGAUGCUGAAUUUUUAGUGCAAUUCCCAACUCAGCCUCAUCAAGAAGGUGCCUUUAAAGUCACAACUCAAGUCUUUAAUCCAUUGAACUCUAUAAACUUUCAUGUUCAAAGUCUAUCGUUUGCUAGUUUAUAUGUGGCUUGGGCAAAUUAUUUCCAAGUUUUAGAAAGAACCACACAUCUUAGCCCUGGAUGUUCUAAUGUACUGCUCAAAUUUCAUAUGGGCCAUGCUCUUUUUGUUGCUCUCAUGCUUUCUUCUUAAAGGUAUCAAUGGGUCCUAAGCUGUCUUUGUAAACCAAGAAUGACGAAACCAAAAGAAAUUUAAACCCCUUAACUGAUUCUUUGAUUUUGAUA